UCCGCCGCCCAGUGGGCAGCGCAGCCCCGGCGCGGCCCGCAGCCGCCGCGCCCGGAAGACCCGGCUCCGGGGCGCAGACCCCGCCCGGCUGGCUCGGCGCCGGCCUCUGGGCUUCCAUUCCGUCUUUGACCACCGCCCCCUCCCCGGUCCCGACCCGCCCCCACCGGCGCUGCUGUAACCACCGCCUGGGCCGCCGCCGCACCUUUUCGGGCGGGCGGCGAGCGCAGCGCGCGGGCCUGGCGGCAUGGCUGUGUCCUGGAGGAGCUGGCUGGCCAACGAAGGGGUUAAACACCUCUGCCUGCUUAUCUGGCUCUCCCUGAACGUUUUGCUUUUCUGGAAAUCCUUCCGGCUGUAUAAUCAAGGGCCACAGUAUCACUACCUCCACCAGAUGUUGGGGCUAGGAUUGUGUCUAAGCAGAGCCUCUGCAUCUGUCCUUAACCUCAACUGCAGCCUUAUCCUUUUACCCAUGUGCCGGACACUGCUGGCCUACCUUCGAGGAUCCCAGAAGGUUGCAAGCAGGAGAACCAGAAGAUUGUUGGAUAAAAGCAGAACAUUCCAUAUAACUUGCGGUGUUACCAUCUGUAUUUUCUCAGGGGUGCACGCAGCUGCCCACCUGGUGAAUGCCCUCAAUUUCUCAGUGAACUACAGAGAGGACUUUGUUGAACUGAAUGCAGCAGCAUACCGAGAUGAGGAUCCCAGAAUUCUUCUCUUCACAAGUGUUCCAGGCCUGACAGGAGUGUGCAUGGUACUGGUGCUCUUCCUGAUGGUCACAGCUUCCACGUAUGCGAUGCGAGUUUCUCAGUAUGACAUCUUCUGGUACACUCAUAAUCUCUUCUUUGUCUUCUACAUGCUGCUGAUGUUGCAUGUUUCAGGAGGAUUGCUGAAGUAUCAAACUAAUUUAGAUACCCACCCUCCUGGCUGCAUCAAUCUUAAUAGAACCCGCAACCGGAGUAUUGACUUACCCGAAUAUCUCUCAGAACAUUUUCAUGAAUCUUUCCCUGGAGGAUUUUCAAAUCCAGAUGAGGUUACCCGGAACACAUCUGUGAAGAUUUGUAUGGAAGAGCCCAGAUUCCAAGCUAAUUUUCCACAGACUUGGCUUUGGAUUUCUGGACCUUUGUGCCUGUAUUGUGCUGAAAGACUUUACAGGUGCAUCCGGAGUAAUAAGCCAGUCACCAUCACCUCGGUCAUAAGUCAUCCCUCAGAUGUCAUGGAAAUUCGAAUGGUCAAAGAAAAUUUUAAAGCCAGACCUGGCCAGUACAUUAUUCUACAUUGUCCCAGUGUGUCUGCAUUAGAAAACCAUCCAUUUACCCUCACAAUGUGUCCUACUGAAACCAAAGCAACAUUUGGGGUCCACCUUAAAAUAGUAGGAGAUUGGACAGAACGAUUUCGGGAAUUACUACUUCCUUCAUCUAGUCAAGACUCUGAGAUUCUGCCCUUUGUUCAGACUAGAAAAUACCCCAAGCUGUAUGUUGAUGGUCCGUUCGGAAGUCCAUUUGAGGAGUCACUGAACUACGAGGUUAGCCUCUGUGUGGCCGGAGGCAUUGGAGUAACUCCGUUUGCAUCAAUACUCAACACCCUGCUGGAUGACUGGAGACCGUACAAGCUCAGAAGACUGCAUUUUGUCUGGGUGUGUAGAGAUAUCCGGUCCUUCCGCUGGUUUGCAGACUUACUCUGUGUGUUGCAUAAUAAGUUUUGGCAGGAGAACAGACCAGACUAUGUCAACAUCCAGCUGUACCUCAGUCAAACAGAUGGAAUACAGAAAAUAAUUGGAGAAAAAUAUCAAGCACUGAAUUCAAGACUUUAUAUUGGACGCCCUCAGUGGAAGCUUCUGUUUGAUGAAAUAGCAAAAUUUAACAGAGGGAAAACAGUUGGUGUUUUUUGCUGUGGACCCAGAUCCAUUUCUAAGACUCUUCAUAAACUGAGUAACCAAAGCAACUCAUAUGGGACAAGAUUUGAAUACAAUAAAGAAUCUUUCAGCUGAGAAUUUUCGCCGUAAACCAGGACUCGAAAGAAGGAAUGAGUGCAAUUUCUAAGACUUUGAAGUUCAAACAGCCGUGUCAUUCCAAAGAGUAGCAAGGCUUCCUUAUUUAUGAUUAUUUAAAGUGGAAAUGCAGAAAAGUGGCCAGAUGACAGGUCACAUUACAUGUUUAAUCUGGAAACCAAAGAGGCCCUUUGAUGUGAUUAUUCACUUUUCAGCACUAGAAUUAAAACCAUUAGAUGUGCACUGUUGAUUUUUAUGGCAGAUUCAGGAACUCCCCAGUGAGGAGCUACACUUGCUCACCGUGAGGCUGAUAGCCCUGGUCCUCUGUAAAUUGUUUUUGGUUGAACAAAUGCAAGAUUGAACAAAAUUAAAAAUUCAUUGAAACUGAGGUUACAUUUUCUACCUAAGUAUAAACAGAGUUGAUUUAGAAAAGCUCCAGGCAACUGUAUUAGAUGUUUGAAGAUACAGCACAGGACUCUGUAUUGAUACGGGUACUUUGUGUCAAUAUCUAAUCUUGCUCACUACUGAUACUAAUACCUCUAUUUGAUGUCUGUAGACUUCAUGUUGAAUGAAUCUUUUACAGUCCUUGAUAUAGUAUCUAUUUUUAUAUAUUUCUCUCUUUCUUCCCCCCUUUGUCUAGGGAAGUCUUUCCUCCCUUGGCAUGCAUUAAGCACAAUGAUUUAAUCAAUCAUGUUCACCCUCAAUUUAUUUAAUCAAUUAUUGUUGCAUAGUAAUGAAGAAAUAUCAUUACCGUAAAUUAUAAAGGGAUAUAUAGACUCUUCAGCAUUGUGAUCUCUAUUAUUUUUAUUUAUGUUUUUAUCCAGCAUACUUUGUCUUAGUUUUUAGCUUCUUAAGGUACUUAGUUUAAUUUGUACUUGGAGACCAAAGCUCAGUGUCUGUCUGUGGUCACUCAGACAGAAAGAAGAUGUUGGAGACAUUGAAAGUGUACUUACUCACAUGUCUAACAGAAAAUCUGUAUUUUACUUUCUACCCAAGAUGAAGUACUUCAUUAGCUAUUCAUUUCUAAGUUCAGAAUCAAGCAUAUUAUUACUGCACUACCUUGUGAUCAGGUUCUUAAUAGAGAAGUUACUGAGUUUCAAGUCAUUGUUGGCAUUUCUCAAUGUUAACCUAUCAUGUUCCCUGGCCAUUAUAGUCCUGGCUCACAGGAAAAAAUUAAUUCACUUUAUUACCUUAAGAAUUAAGGCAUUUUUUACAGCUUAGUGAUUUUGCUUUGUAGACGUCUACCAGUGGCUAUCAAAUACAACACAUUGCUGAAAUCAGCAGCAUGAUUGGCGUGGCCUUUGUUUAAAUCUGCAUGAUACCAUAUUAGAUGCUCCUGUCAUCUUUUGCAGGGAUUUACCAAUAGCAAUCGAGCUUAUUAAAGCAUCCGGCAUUGAAUGCCCAUAAAUAUAUUACUUACAGAUACUUCUUUCUCUCUUUGGAAUUCUUCUCCCUUCUGAAGGAGGAUAAUCAGAAAAAGACAUGGGAAAUGUGCAAUGUUCCUGAAGAUUUAGCUCUGAAGACAUAUUUAAUAGACAGCACAUCUUGGUAACACUUUCUCAAUUCCAAAUAGUUUUCAUAUUAACACAUAGCAGGAAGAACUACUAACAAGAAACUUAGCCAAGGCUCGAUGUGCAAUACUGACUCUUUUGAUCAUAAUUUAUUUAAGUGAUUAUAUUAAUACAGCUAAUUUCAGUAAACCAAGUGGAAGAUUUCUCAGAAGAAGAGUAAUCUUUCCAAGUAAGUAGGUCUCUGCCAUUCUAGAUGAGCAGACUUUACUCAUCAAAGUCUCUAGAUGAGACUCUGCCUAUCUUAAAUUCCAGCUGAUAUUCAAACACUGUGUCAACACGAGUAAUUUGUGCUUCUGUAAAUAGGGCUUCAUCGUGCAUGUAUAUGAGAGUUUUGUUUUGUUUUGAGAGAUCCUGUCUCUCUAGCUAAUUCUUGUCACACAGAUCUUAAAACACUAAUUUUAGUGGCAAUAAAUGUUAGAAUUGAAAUGCUGUCCUCUAAAUCUCUGUAAGUUUACUUUCCCUUCACAAAAAAAAAAUAAAGCAGGCAGAGUUUCUUCACCGGAUAAUGCAAGUUGCAGAAACACCAUUUAUUUGAGUGUGUACAGGUGUGGACAGCCCUGGCGGUUUGUGUUCUGGGGUUGUCAGUGUCACUGGUUAAGGAUGUGACUGCGGCAAAUUGCUCCUCACUCUGGGAUUUCUCAUUUGGAUGAGAUCAGUGCUCAAUUAGUCAUUUUUAGAAAAUCUUUUUGAGGACAUGAUUAAAAAGAAAUUUAUGGCAUACAUACAAAAUACACAGACAAUCUUGGGGGUCCCACAAACAAUCUCAAAAAUUUUUAAGGACCUCUGAACAAAAUGAUCAUCAUUAUAAGUAUUUUUAAAGUCUACCUUUCUUUUCUUUCAUUUUUGGAAUAAACUAUCAAUUUUUCUAGAUUAUACUGAGAAAUUAACUCAGUGGACAAAGAAAAGGAAAUUUUCUUUGUAUCCCCCCAAAGAAUCUGAUAGACUCUUUCAUCAGUUUUUAAUCUUCUUGGGUCUUUUGAUUUAUGCAGAGCAAGGCUGUGAUUUUACAUAGCAGUAAUAAUAAAAAACAGUUUCAUGCACACACACACACACACACACACAUAUACCCCACGUACAUAAAUUUGGGCCUUAGUUUUUGUGAGGUUUUUCUUUUGAUUUAAAAAUGAUGUGAUUGAUGAUUUUUCAUUCUGUGACUUUAAAUUCCACUUGGGUGAUUUUGAUAGUAUAGGUUCUUAAAAUAAAGAAAUAAAAGAAAUACAAAAGCAUAGUCUGAAUUGUUCUACUCCAUAUAUCCAUGCUAUUUAUACCACCACCCCCCCCCCAAAUUAGUGUUUUCCUGGAGCUGGCACAGCAGGUUCUUGAUUUAAAUUAUAAGGCAUUGUUAAAGAGGCUUGCUAGAGGCAAAGGCUAGGCGUUGUCAUCAAUAGUUAAUGCCAGUGUUAAAGGAUAUUCUUUAUAUUAGAGAGAAAAAAAUAGAUAAUUGUGUUCCCAUAAGGAUGGUUAACUCAGCUGAACAGCGAGCUUUCUAACGAAACCGAUAAGAUUCAUUCUCACCUGCUUCUCAUGACAAACAGUCCCUUUUCUUAUGCUAUGGAGAACACUCUCAUAUAAUGCCAAAGUUGGGAGUACUGUUACUUUGCAGGUGAGGAAACUGAGAUCCAAAGGAAGAUGGCAACUUGCUUCAAUUCAUCCACUGAGUUUGUCACAGAGUAAAAACAAGCUCAGCUUUCCAGUCUUUGCUACUGAAAGGCUCUUUCCACUUCCCCAUGAAAUACACAUCUAAUAAAACAUGUCUAGUACCAUUCAUUUGAUCUCCAUAUAAACUGUAGUGCUAGGUGGGAAAUAGGUACUGAAUGUUAAUUCUAGAUUCAUAGCAGAAAAUCACACUCUUCCUUAUAGGUAUAUCUUCCCUAUAUGUAUAUCUUCUGAUUCUAAAUUUGUCAGUCACAUAUUUUCCCUACUAAAAUCCAUUUUCUUGUAUCAGUUUUAAAACACGACAGUUGUGCUAAAGAGAUUUUGUUCUCUAGGACUCUGUAUUAGAAAUUUGUAACAAUAUAUAGUUUCUAGGAAAUACUAAUAUUGUAUUUUUAAAUUUAGCUUCAUAGACAAAGUCAUAACUUUUAAUGCUUCAUCAGCUUUCUGACAACUGAGGAAUCUGUUGAUAUUUAAACAAAUGACUGUUGUUUCUUACUUACAUGACCAUAACAGGCCUCUUGUUCAGGAGAAAAGAGUCUUCUUUUUGUAAGCUAGCAAGACAGGAAAUAAGUGAAAUCAAGCAUAAUGAGAUCUCCAUUUACUUCAGCCACUAUAGACAAUGAGAACUGACUGUUUCCUUCUGUCUGAAUCUCCCCUCCAUUGUCCUAGCUACUCUAUUCCAUUCUGCAGUUCUCAAAGGACAGAGUUGCAAAAGCUAGCUAGCUAGUUCUCCAGCGAAAAGAAACAACAGACUUCUGAUACUUAGCAAAGAAGGGUCCAUUAAGAGAGAAGAGAAAAAAGGCUAUGUGAAUAAUAAUGAAAUUAGUAGCGAAUUAAUAAAUGUUGCUGUAGAAUAGAGACUAAUAAUUUUUAACAUAAAUACACAGAAUUUUAAUUUUUCCUUAUACAAAACUUUACAUUUUUGCAUACAGAAUCUAGAAAUAGAUUUCUUCAUUUAUUUUACAUUGUAGCAAAAUCACUAGCAAUCUUAAUGCAGAGAGUUAAACUACAAUUUAAGAAUUAGUAAGGCCAAGGAAUGCCUGCAUCAAGGGAGCAAAACUAAGAGAAAAAAGGGAAGUCAAAGAAAGAAAAAUGACUUAAAACGUUAGGACAUGAUAAUGCUUUUCUUUUCAAAACUUAAUAGAUGCUCAAAUAUGUGGCAAAACUGGCUAUUGCCUGGUUUGGGGAAAUGUAAAACAGUAUGGGGUUUGGUUUGUUUCUUAGAGAACCUCUCCUGAUUUUGCCACCAGAAUUAUAGCAGAAGCUUUGGUUGGAAUGCUAAUCUUUGAGAAUUAGAGCUUCGAUGAGCUGCUGGUUGAGCCAGAGACAAGCGACCUUUGGAUGAAACCAGUGCUCCGUAAAUGCUCUGAUAUAUAUAGCAAUAAAAAGGGGGAAGUCACCACGCACUGAUUCAGCCUCGCACACCACCCAUUAACAUUUUGUCAUUGCAAGGACAUAUUUUUCAGCUCGGAUCCUUCCACUCAGGGAAUGAAAGCUUCUUAACAAUGCAGAUACUGGGAAAGAGGUACCCUCAGUUGCAUCCUAACAGGGUAUCUGCGCACCUGUACCAGCACAUUCAUUUGAGCCUAGUUAUCAAUUUAGGAUGAUUGUGUCUUUUAUUUUACUGGUGAGAAGUCUUCAGUGCAUCAAACGGGAGCCUUACUUGCCUACUAAAAAAUAUAUGGCAGCCCACACAUUGGCUGGGGAGAAAGCAGUUAAAUCUUCCAGGUUUUUGUCUCCAGCUGAGCCCUAAAGCAAUGUCAAAUACCUCACCCCACACGUGCUGGAAUGGGACCUGGGUGGCAGAUGUGCUGUGCAGUUUACUCUGCAUGCUCCCAGGGACUCUCUGGUUCAGGGAAUGUCAGCUCUCGAGUCAGCUUGGCAUCUUUAACUCCAUAACUAGGUGCCCACCAGGUGUAAUUACAUGUUUACUUAAAAGUGACAAUCUUCUGCUUACCAAGUGGCUAGAGCAGGAAACUACAUUUUCUUCUCUGUUCCACAAAAUUUGAUUAAAAUUUAGAUUUGGGAAAAGUAGAAAUUGCUUUGAAAAGUGGAAACAGUUGCUGGCGGUUGUGCAAGUGUCAUGGUCUCGUCCAGCUGCCUCCAGUGUGUGGAGAGAACAGGACCCUGGGGUAGGAAUCAGAUUGCCAGCCUUUACCCCUGCAAAGCAUUAGACCACACACAUAAAAAUGGAAAUGUGAUCAACCUGUGCCCAACUUACACAGAUGUGGUAGAGCAAGAAUGUAGGGAGAGGAGGAAAAGAGUGAUAAAGAAAGAAAAAUUUCCUGGGAAAAUCUUAAGUAGGUUUUUGCAAACGUCGUAAAAAUAAAACAUUUUUGAAAAAAAGUAAAAACAAAGGCAUUUAAGUCACAGUCUAUUGUAACCAAAAGAGUUAGUGUUUAAUUGUGUUUCCUGGGCGAGUACAGAAGUACCCACAAACAAAUCAACACCACUAAUUCGUUCUGAGAUUCUGAUAAACAACAUUACCUGUUACGUCCAAUGUAACUGCUUUCUGAAUGCCUCUUAAACUAAUUUUGGUCAGGCCCAAGGUGUCUAGAAAUAGCGGUAUUGAUCUAUGACAAUCGAGCUAGGGAUUGCUGGAAAGCAAUACAACUCACCCUGCUUGUUUUAGAUUUGUUGGAGUGAAAAGCAGCUGUUUAUGAGACAUCCUACUGAGUUACAAACUAAGGCCUGUAUUGUAGAACUAGAAAUAAUUCUAGAAAAGACAAAAGCACUGCAUCAUAGCUAUUUAUUUCCUAGGCGGAAAAAAAUAAAUGUAUCUUUUUAUUACUCUUACCAAAGAUACUUUACACUAUGUAUUUUCAUCAAAAUUCACAUUGUUUUGUAGAUAUUUAUGUUUAAAUCAUGUAUGUAUGUGUAGGAGAACAAGAGAGAGAUAUAGAGAGAAAGCAGGUUUACAGUGGGUUGGAAGAAAAAUUGCCUGAAUGAAAAAGACAUUCUUCAAUAAUGUGUAAAGACACUCUCCAACUUUCAUAAUAAGCAUUCCACUGUGGUGGCUUUGCCAUUGGGGGAAGUGCAGUCCUCCAUCAACACGUGAGACGCUCAGGGAUCCGGGGGUGGCAUUUGGUUAUCAUCUGGCUCACGGAACAGUGCUGAAGAAGUGCUGACUCAGCCCCAGUGCUAGUAGAGAGAAUAAGUACAUUUGUUUCCUUAUGUAAUUCUAUUGCUGUGAAGUCAUAGUACAUUUGUAGAAAACCAUUCUUUUGGGAACAUGGAUAGUGUUGAAAAGUCAAACAAAUAAAGAUGAGACAAAUAUGAUGCAAAUUUCUUUUACUAUAAACUAAUUGUGCUUCUUUGGCAGUAAUAAUCAAGAAUUUUCUCCAGAAUUUUGAGAAUGAAUUUGUAUUAUUUUUAUUCUAAUGGAAAAUCAAGUGAUCACGCUAGUCUUUCAUGUGAAGAUAUUAAGCAAGUAUUUUUUAAAAUGUUACUUUGAAAAACUUUGAAAGUGGUCUAAUCCCAAGCAUGUCAACACACUCAUAACUUUCAUUUUAACAGGAUUUACAAUUAAAAUUAUAGAAUUCUAAUCGCCAAAUUUAAUACACUGAAUUUGGGAUUUCAUUUUUAUUUUUGUUCUUUUGUUUCUUUGGUAUUGUCAAAUUUUAUAAUUGUGUUCAUUAAAACAUUGAAAUAUUUAUACAAUUGUAAGA